ACUGGCCUCCACUUGGCAGAUGAUGUUCAGAAAUUCGUCACCUCGUGUGAUACAUGUCAACGGAUGAAGAGCAGUAAGCAGAAAAAAGCAGGACUGCUACAGCCUCUUCCUGUCCCAGAACAGCCAUGGCAAGUGGUUAGCCUGGACUUCAUCACCGGGUUACCACCUACCACUAGCGGUCAUGACGCAAUUCUUGUCGUCAUCGAGAAAUUCUCUAAGAUGGGACACUUCAUCCCGACACACACGACGGACCGCACCGAGGAGACAGCACAACUCUUUGUUCGUUACAUUAUCUCACAGCAUGGCAUUCCAACUACCCUCAUCUCCGACCGAGACCCCAAGUUCACCAGCAAGUUCUGGAAGGAACUCAUGUCUCUGCUCGGCACCAAACUCGCCAUGUCAUCCGCAUACCAUCCGCAGACAGACGGACAGACCGAGCGCCUUAACCAGAUUGUGGAGCAACUCUCCGAGCAGCCUGCAAGAACUCACGUAACCAGGUUUAUCUUAUCCUAGGGGAAUAGACCCUUCUAGAAGAU